UGUUUCUUUUCUUUCGAUCGGAAAGAAAAAUAUGAUUGAUCUGAAUUGUUUAUGCGCAUUAUUUCCUUCUCUCGUGUAAUCACCAUGUACAUAGUGAAUUUGUGUGUGCGUGUGAUUUUCUUUUGGGGGGCCUUUUUUGUUCAUCGACGAAUCUCCCGAAUGAUUUGCAUUCUCUUCCGCUUUCUUUUUUGAUUAUUCAAAGUUGCUCCAUCUCUCAAGUGAAAAAAAAAACAUACACAAAGAAAAGGAAAAGCGGAUAAUCUUGUAUCGGUAGUUGUGCGUCUAUCCAAUUCUUUGCCUCUUUCCCUUUACUCUCUCUCUCUCCCACUUUCUUUCUUAAUCGCGUUGCCGUUAUAAUUUAUUUUGUGUCUUUGGCGUUUACCAGUGUGUAUGUCUGCGUGUGUGUGUGUGUGUCUGGACAAAUUGUUUUGAUGGAAAAAAAGAAACCCGUGGGUGGCGAUUUCACAUUUCCCCGCCCCACCUCCAUUUAUGAUGAAUGAGAAAUUGUUACAAAAAAGUAAAAAAAUUUGUUUCGGGGGGAAACGUGAAGAAGCCCAUCCGUUUUUCCGACAUUUUUUCCUUCCGCUGUGAACCGAAAAUGUAUCCGCAUCUUUCUCUCUCUCUCUUUCUCUCUGUCUAUUACUCGUUCCUUCUUCCUCCCUCAUUUCUCGACUGCCUACAACAUAUUACGUCCGCAAGGAAUCCUUUGUGAUGCGCUUCUUUACUUUUUCGCCUACACGACGACGACGACGACCCUUUUCGGAGUUGGCCUCCUCCUCAUGUCGGCUACUAUGCAGUUUAUAUAUAUACAUACUAUGUAUCCGUUACGUUGUGUAACAUGAUCGAGCGAAUACCAUGACGAAUGGAAACAAGACGGACAGAGAGCCAGCGCGCCCAUGUGUUGUUCAUUUCAUCCCCCCCGUUAAGUCGUCAAGUCUCAAUAGAUUUAUUCCUUUUGUUUGAUUUUUUAACUGGGGACUAGUUUUUCUUUUUCUUUUGGACAGCCAAAGAAUUUGCUUCCAUGUUUCCAGUUUCUCUCCUCCUUUUGUUGCCCGUUUUACACGUAUGUACGUGCGAGACGGGGCUGCAUUUAUUUACGUAAGAAAUGGAAAGAAGGGAAACUUUUUCGUCCCUUGGCUUCCUGCAUCCGGAAAUACCGAGGGGGGACCUGAGCCGAAAUAGUUGACGACGCGCUCCCUCGUCUCUAUACGUAAGUAAACAUUCGGUGUAGUAAGUAUUUUCUGCGCUCUUCUAGGCAUUGACGUUCUACUGAUGGAUCACCUCCACUCGUUAAUGUCUUACGGGUGAUUUAACAUUAGUACAUUCAUUUUCCUUUUUUUUUCUUUUUUCUUUUGUUGAGAAUUCUGAAUAUUUGAUGUGUGUGUAUUGUAUAGUCGACAGCUCAGGAGUGGCCCGUUUCCAAUAGAGGGCCCAUAGAGCCCAUACAAAUAUCGGGGCUAAACCAUACAAGGUGCACGCUGUCAGUCACUGGACUUGGACAGCGAGGAACUUGAAAGUUUUCGCACUUUUUCGUCUGGACAAAAAAAAAAUAGAACUGGCUGCGGCCGUGUCACUCAGUCAGGCAGACGGCCCCGUCAAACAUGGAUCAUACCCCGUCUCCCACGUCCGACACGUCGUCGAGCGAAUUCUCUUCGGCCGAUUUCACUCCAUCAAUCGGAAAACUCUUCCAGCAGCCGAAUUUAGCCGAAAAACAAGCCGAAGAGAUUGCAUUCCUGUCGCUGACGAGACCGAGUAGCCACUCGGAUCGACCACUCGGGGCCACUCUCACCUGGCGUGAUUUGAGCGUCUACGUGACGACCCCCAAAGCCAAGGGAAAUGUAGCGCCAUUCAAACGAGUUUUGAAUAACGUCCGGGGAGCUUUACAACCCGGUUCGCUCGUGGCUUUAAUGGGUGCCAGCGGGGCGGGGAAAUCAACUUUGCUCAACGCCUUGGCGUGUCGCUGUCCACCCGGAGUUGUGGUCGACGGUGAAAUUCGUAUCAACGGUCGGCUGAUCGAUCGCUCCUUUUGUGACAUGAGCGGCUACGUUUACCAGGACGACAUCUUUGUGGGAUCGCUGACGGCCAGGGAACACCUCCUCUUCACCGCCCGGUUGAAAAUGAACGGCAACUGGACUCCAUACGAGCAAAAUCUCCGUGUCAAAGAACUGCUCACCGAGCUGGGAUUAAUCAAAUGCCAAAACGUCGUCAUAGGAGAGCCAGGCGUCACCAAAGGAUUAUCGGGCGGAGAGCGUAAACGGCUGGCAUUUGCAUCCCAGGUGCUGACGGAUCCAGCUGUCCUCUUCUGCGACGAGCCAACGACCGGUCUUGACACUUUCUCCGCCGAAAGACUUGUUAUGAUGUUGAAAGAUUUGACUCAACGUGGUAAAACGGUUGUCUGCACCAUCCACCAGCCGUCUUCCGAAACCUUCGCCAUGUUUGAUCGACUGGUUCUGUUGGCCGAAGGUCGCAUUGCAUAUCAAGGAUCGUCUUCCGGCGCUCUCGGCUUCUUUGAAAGUAUGGGUUAUACGUGUCCGGCAACGUACAAUCCUGCGGAUUUCUAUGUUCAAACACUAGCAGUGAUUCCCGGCUUGGAAGAUACGAGUCGCUCGACGGUGCGUGCCAUUUGCGAUCGCUUCAUCGUCACUUCAACGGCUAAACAAAUCGAUCUUCUAAUCCAAUUUGAGACCAGUCUCGGUCAAGAAAUGUUGGAGUUAUCGACCAAAAAUGGUCACCAGCCUGUUGGAUUACACCAAGCUCGAUGGACGAUUCAGUUCUUGUGGCUGGUCUGGCGAGCUUUUGUGGAUUCCUAUCGCAAUCCAGCCGUCCACACUUUACGAAUCCUCCAGAAAAUCGCUAUCGCCCUUCUAGCUGGACUCUGUUUUCACGGCGUACUCGGGACCAGAGAUCAAAAGACGAUUCAAAAUAUCCAAGGCGCUUUAUUCAUCUUGACGACUGAAAACACCUUUCCGGCUCUUUACGGGGCGCUUGGUAUUUUCCCGAUGGAAUGGCCGCUGUUCUUGAGGGAUGCACGAGGAGGGCUCUAUUCACCCUCUGCUUACUAUCUCUCCAAAGUGGUGGCUUUGAUUCCAGGAUACGUAGUCGAAACUUUUGUUUUUGUUUCGAUUGCUUAUUGGCUGAUGGGAUUGAAGCCGGAAGCCGGAGCUUUCUUCUAUUCUUGCUGGGUUCUAAUCGUUACUUGCAAUACUGCCGCCGCUUGUGGAACGUUCUUCUCAGCAGCGUGUGAAUCUAUUGCAGUGGCCAUAAGUUUCCUCAUUCCAUUUGACUACAUUCUUUUCAUCACUGGUGGUGUGCUCAUUAGUCUCAGCUCGCUGCCGGAAUACGUCUCGUGGACCAAGUAUCUUUCCUGGUUCCUCUACACAAAUGAAGCUCUUUCUGCUGUACAGUGGCAAAAUGUUACAUCCAUUAAAUGCGAUGAGUCCAAUUUCCCUUGCCUACAUAAUGGCCAAGAAGUCAUGAAACACUUCAGUUUCGAUUCUAGUCGUUUUUCAGUGGAUAUUACUAGCAUGCUAUUUAUUUAUUGCACUUUUCAUUUGCUCGGACUGAUGGCCAUAGUCAGGCGUUCACGAUCCUAGUUUUCCUUCACGAAUUUAAUAUACUCAAAUAAAUAUACAAACUAACAAGAGUA